UGUGAGGUGGUAUCUCACUGUGGUUUUAAUCUGCAUUUCUCUGAUAACCGGUGAUGUUGAAUAUCUUUUCAUGUGCCUGUUGACCAUUUGUAUAUCUUUUUUAGAGAAAUACCUAUUUAAGUCCUUUGUUAAUUUUUUAAUUGGGUUAUUUAUGUUGUUGAGUUGUAGGCAUUCUUUAUAUAUUCUGAUAUACAUGGUUUACAAAUAUUCCUCCCCAUCCUAUAGGUGCCUUUUCACUGUUGACUGUGCUCUUUGGUGCACACAGUGCUCUCCUGUGUUAUCACACCUGCUGCUUCUGGUCUCUGCCCUCAGUUGCUGCUAAGACAACUGCAGCUGAUGUUUAUUCACUAGGAAAUACGGUUCCCAGACCCAGGACUCGCCCUGCACUCCUCUUUUUACUCAGUCUGCCCUUGGGGUUCUGCUCCCCCCAGACUGACUUGAGAGUGAUCCACAGCUGCGUUCCACGACCCACCCUGCAAGACAGGCAUGCAGGCGGCCAUUCAUCACGACUGGGAGACAUACUGGGGUCCCCAAGCUUGGCUUACUUACUCCUGGGACAGUUUCUGGGUGGAGCGCACCCCCGUGCACGAGGCAGCCCAGCGGGGGGAGACCCGGCAGCUGCAGCAGCUGAUCGAGAGCGGGGCCUGCGUCAACCAGGUCAUGGUGGACUCCAUCACGCCCCUGCAUGCGGCCAGCCUGCAGGGCCAGGCGCAGUGUGUGCAGCUGCUGCUGGCCGCCGGGGCCCAGGUGGACGCCCGCAACAUCGAUGGCAGCACCCCGCUCUGUGACGCCUGUGCCUCGGGCAGCAUCGAGUGUGUGAAGCUCCUGCUCUCCCACGGGGCCAAGGUCAACCCGCCCCUGUACACGGCAUCCCCGCUGCACGAGGCCUGCAUGAGCGGAAGUUCUGAGUGUGUGAGGCUUCUUAUUGACGUUGGGGCCAACCUGGAAGCGCACGACUGCCACUUUGGGACCCCUCUGCACGUGGCCUGCGCCCGGGAGCAUCUGGACUGCGUCAAAAUGCUGCUCAACGCAGGUGCCAACGUGAACGCGGCAAAGCUCCACGAGACGGCGCUGCACCAUGCAGCCAAGGUGAAGAAUGUGGACCUCAUCGAGAUGCUCAUCCAGUUUGGGGGCAACAUCUAUGCCCGGGACAACCGGGGGCGGAAGCCGUCUGACUACACGUGGAGCAGCAGUGCCCCCGCCAAGUGCCUGGAGCACUAUGAGAAGACACCUCUGAGCCUGUCCCAGCUCUGCAGGGUGAGCCUGAGGAGGGCGGCUGGCGUCAGGGGGCUGGAGAAAAUUGCCAGGUUGAACAUCCCUCCCCGGCUCAUUGACUACCUUUCCUACAACUGAGCUGCAGACACGGGGUCAGGGUGGGCCAGUGACACCGGGCUGCUGGCCUUGCUGAGCCCAGCGUCGGGCCACGGGGUCGCUCUGCCCUGGGUGCCUGAAGCCAUGCUGUUGCUGUAGAGAACUGGAGUCCCUCUGGGCUGUCCUGUUUCAUCUUCUCUGCAGGCCCUGG